UGGCUACUUAAUAAAUACGAGAAAAUGGAAGGGGACGCGUAUCGAAAACAGUUCUGUUCUAUUUCGCAUUUCUUCCCGUAGCAGUUUUAUAAGAAUUCAUAGGAAACUACGUUACAGAAUGGAGGUGAUCCAUCCGGGAACUGGCGAGAUUAUUGGAAACCAUUCUGACCCAAACACCCUCACAGACUCAGAUUCAAGUGAACAGACUGGAUGUUUCAGAUGUCUGUGGCGUGGGAUCCCUCUUAACUGCAAAAAACAAUUUUCUCAGUUCUCAAAAUUAGCUGGACUUGUGUGCUUUGCUCAGCUUCUGGUAUUUUUAAUACCUUUUGUCAGCACUGUAUUCUGUGGACAUCUGGGGAAGACAGAGCUGGAUGGGGUUACUUUAGCCACAUCUAUUGUGUCUAUUGCUGGUCUUUCAAUUGGACAAGGAUUGGCAGGAACAUGUAACACAUUCAUAUCUCAGACCUUUGGGAGCAGUAACUUAAAGAGAGUGGGGGUCAUUCUGCAGAGGGCUGUCCUCAUUUUACUUCUGGCUUGUUGCCCAUGCUGGGCUCUUCUUAUCAACACAGAGUCUAUCCUCCUGGCCUUCAAGCAAAGCCCAGAGGUGGCCAGGCUGUCCCAGAUGUAUGUGGAGAUCUUUAUGCCUGCAUUACCUGCCGCCUUUCUGUUCGAGCUACAAGUAAGGUAUCUUCAAAGUCAGGGUAUACUGUGGCCCCAGAUAUUCACAGGAAUUGUGGGAAAUGUCCUGAAUGCACUGAUCAACUACAUCUUUCUGUUCGUUCUGGACCUUGGUGUAGUUGGUUCAGCUGCAGCCAACAUGAUAUCCCAGUACUGCCUGGCUUUGUUCCUGUUUGCUUACAUUCUCUGUAAGGGUUUGCAUAAGCCCACCUGGGGAGGCUGGUCAGUGGAAUGUCUGCAGGAAUGGGGACCCUUUGUCCGCUUAGCCAUACCCAGCAUGAUAAUGGCAUGUGCGGAUUUAUGGAUGAUUGAGAUUGGGGGAUUCCUUGCAGGUCUGAUCAGUGAGGUUGAGCUGGGAUCACAGUCAGUCAUCCGUAUGGUGUCUGGUAUUCCAUACAAGAUUUCUGGAGGCAUCAAUGUAGCUGCCACUGUGACUGUGGGGAUUGCUCUGGGAGCUGGAAAUGUACAGCAGGCUCAGCUGUCCUGCAAGAUCUCCAUGAUAUGUGCAGUUGUGAUCUCCCUAUGCGUAGCAGUGAUCGUUGGGUCAUCAUCAGAUGUAAUAGCCAUUGUCUUCACAAAUGAUGAGCAGAUCAGGAGAAGGACUGGUGAGGUUAUCGUUAUGUACGCACCAUUUCAAAUAAUUGAUGCAAUAUUGUCUAUGUUUCAAGGCAUUUUCAGGGGUGCGGCAAAACAGAAGAUCGCAGCAGUUUCUGCGCUGGUUGUUUGCUACUUUCUGUGCCUUCCCAUCGGUGUGUCCUUAACGUUUGCAACGAAACUCGGAAUCACCGGUUGGUGGAUUGGUCUCUUAACUGGUUAUUUCCUGUUGGAUUCUUUCUGUCUUGCUGUUUUUCUCAAUAUUGACUGGAAGAAAGCUGAAAGUGAGGCACAAGUCAGGGCUGGGGUACAGCCAGAAGAGAAGAGAGAUCGGGGGCAGCCCAUGGAGAUGCAGGGUGGCUCUCAUGAAAUUACUCCGGACAACCAUGAAGGGGGGCACAGUCCCUGGCAGUUUAACUCUGACCUGGAGGUGCUGCAUGAGAGAGACAGCGGGACCCUCACUACAGUGGGGGAGGUGCUGACUUUCAGGCAGCUGUGUCUGCGGCGGGGGCUAGCGCUAUGCUCCAUGCUGGUCCUCCUAGCUGCAGGAAUCCUCACCAACAUGCUGCUCCCUGCCGUCUUCACAUCAGGGCUAAAUGAGACCUCCACCGUACCACCCACAGUGGACAACCUGUGGACUCGCAAUACUAUGGACCAGACGGGCCAAGUAUGAUGCCCAGUGGAAUUUCAGGUGUUCUUCCAGGUGUUCCACAUUCAAGCU